CGUAUGCAGAUCUGGGUUACAAUCUACAUGGACGAGGACGAUACAGCUAAAGCCCCUUUGCAGCCACCCACAGUUCAUUUCAGGGCUGAGAACGCCUUUAAAAAUCUGUUUCCACUUCCAUGGAAAAUCCUUUGAAAUUUGGCAUGAUUUAUACAAGUACACCAAAAAAAUCUGUCUGAGGUUUGGCCUCCAUCUGAGAAAGCUGACACUGCUUUUGCAAACGGCUUUCGGAGAGCCAGUGACCAACAUCCAGAAGAGCAAAGGAGGACUAGCUUGAAGUCUUUUAGGAAACGCCUGGAAGAAUGAAGAUCCAGAUGAAAAUCCUAAUUGGAGCAACCGCCUGUCUUCUGCUGUCUUUGUUAGUUAUGUGCAUCGUAUUAAUUCCUUCCAAAGUUCAGCACAAAGGAAAUAAUCCUCGGCCUUUAACGUUAGAAGAGUAUCUGGAUGGAGAUUUUAAGUACAAAACAUUUUCUCCCUACUGGGUUUCAGGAAAUGAGUAUCUUCAUCAGUCUGAGGAAGAUGAUAUAAUUCUUUACAAUGUUCAGUAUGGACAGUCAACGACUCUCCUGACUAACAGCACGCUUAAAAAAGUGAAUGCCACAAACUAUGCACUGUCAGGGGACCAGAAAUUUAUGCUGUUGGAAAGCAAUUACUCAAAGCUUUGGAGGUACUCUUACACAGCAUCCUAUCACAUCUAUGAUCUUACAAACGGGGUUUUUGCCAAAGAAUAUGAGCUUCCACAUAACAUUCAGUAUAUAUCCUGGUCACCCAUUGGACACAAAUUGGCUUAUGUGUACCAGAACAACAUCUAUUUGAAACAGGAUCCCAGACAACCUGCUAUUCAAAUAACCAAGGAUGGUAGUCAGAAUAAAAUAUUUAAUGGAAUUCCUGACUGGGUUUAUGAAGAGGAAAUGCUGGCUGUAAAAUAUGCACUGUGGUGGUCUCCAAAUGGACAGAAUUUGGCAUAUUUACAGUUCAAUGAUACUGAAAUACCAGUUAUUGAAUAUGCAUAUUAUGGUGAGGAUCAAUAUCCCAGAAAAAUAACUAUUCCAUAUCCAAAGGCUGGGGCUAAAAAUCCUACAGUUAAAGUGUUUGUUACAGACACUACUAACCCGGAACGUUUAGGUCCUAAGGAAAUACCUGCUCCAGCUAUGAUAGCAUCAAGUGACCACUAUGUGACUUGGAUUACAUGGGUAACAGAUAGCCGGAUCUGUGUGCAAUGGCUGAAAAGGAUCCAGAACUUCUCUGUCUCAGCCAUCUGUGAUUACAGUGAACGCUCCAGGUCCUGGAAAUGCCCAGAGAAUCGGCAGCAUGUAGAAGAGAGCCACACAGGAUGGGCCGGUGGAUUCUUUGUUUCGGCACCUUCUUUCACUUCAGAUGGCAUUUCAUACUACAAGAUUUUUAGCGACAAGGAUGGUUACAAACAUAUUCAUUACAUCAAAGACUCAGUGGAAAAAGCAACCCAAAUCACUAGUGGAAAGUGGGAGGCCAUAUACAUUUACAAAAUAACGGACAAUGCAAUAUUCUAUUCCAGCAAUGAAUUUGAAGGCUAUCCAGGAAGAAGAAACAUUUACAGAAUUGACCUUAGCAAUGAUCCUGUAACAAAACAAUGCAUCACUUGCCAUUUAAGAGAAGAAAGAUGCCAGUACUAUGGUGCAAGAUUCAGCUACACUGCGGAGUAUUAUGCCUUAAUCUGCUAUGGUCCUGGCAUUCCAAUUUCUACCAUUUAUGAAAACAGAUAUGACAGAGAAAUUAAAGUCUUAGAAGACAACAGAAAUUUGGAAACUGCUCUACAGAAAAUCAGAAUGCCUACAGAAAAAACUAGCAAACUUGAAGUGGAUGGCAUUACCUUAUGGUACAAGAUGAUUCUACCGCCACAGUUUGAUAGAUCUCAGAAGUAUCCUCUUCUCAUACAGGUGUAUGGAGGACCUUGUAGUCAAAAUGUUAAAGACACUUUUGGCAUUACCUGGCUCACUUACCUUGCAAGCAAGGAAGAUAUUGUGGUGGCCCUUGUGGAUGGCAGGGGAACAGCUUACCAAGGUGACAAGAUGUUGCACGCUGUCUAUCGAAAACUUGGGGUUUAUGAAGUUGAUGAUCAAAUUUCUGCUGUAAGAAAGUUUAUAGAGAUGGGAUUCAUUGAUGAAAAAAGAAUAGCCAUAUGGGGCUGGUCCUAUGGUGGCUAUGUUGCUUCACUGGCGCUUGGGUCUGGUACAGGAGUGUUUCGAUGUGGAAUAGCCGUGGCUCCCGUCUCCAGCUGGGAGUAUUAUGCAUCUAUCUACACAGAACGAUUUAUGGGUCUUCCAACAGAGUCAGACAAUCUUAAGCAUUACAGGAAUUCCACAGUGAUGGCAAGGGCUGAGAACUUCCGCAAUGUGGAUUACCUUCUCAUCCAUGGAACAGCAGAUGACAAUGUACAUUUUCAGAAUUCAGCACAGAUCUCCAAAGCCUUAGUCAACGCACAAGUGGAUUUCCAGGCAAUGUGGUAUGCUGAUCAGGAUCAUGCGAUUCCAGGACUUUCACUUAAGCAUCUCUAUGUUCAUAUGACCCAUUUCCUCAAGCAGUGUUUUUCCCUUCCUUAGAAAGAGACUUUUCUUCUUCUAUGCGCCUGGACCUCAGUGAGAACAAUGCAUGUUUUGCUAUGAAGCAACAUUAGUUGCACAAAUUAAGCAUAUUUUGAAGACAGAGCAAGAAAGCUAAAAUGAAGGCAAGCUUGAUGUUUACUGUCUUUUAUUACUGUACUUGCACAUUAACUAAUCAUUUGUGAUCAGUUACAUUUAUUUGUUUGAAAACGAAAGGACAAUAAAAGCAAAACUAGUAUUUUA